AUGAAUUAAAUUUAAAAAAGAACUUGCGAAGAACAUAAAUUAACUUACACUAGCAUUUAUGUCGAUUCCAACUCUUAAAGUGUGCUGAAAUGUUUGAGAUGUCUUUAAUAAAAUCUCGAUUUUUAAAAAAUAAUACCUAUUGAGUCUAUUCAAAAUAAUGAUAAUUCAUUACUACAAAAUUGGACUUUAUCUGAAGAAAAAAACCUAACAGAGUAUUUUAAAUAAGUCUAAGAUGAGAUAAAAUAAUAAAAUUAUGAUUAGAAAAUAGAAAGUACUAGGAAAUAAUUUAAGGAGUUUCUAGUAUAACUCUCAGCCAUAAUAGAAAAAGAAAAGGAUAAAUAACUAUAAUAAAUAACGAAUGAAAAAGAACUGCUGUAAAAGUAUUUUUAUUAGUAUCAAGAUCUAACAUAUUGGGUAUAAUUUAAAAAUCUAAUGAUAAAUGAGCAUUAAUAUUAAACAUAAGAAUUAAACUAGCGUUUAAGAUAAAUAAUCCAAAAUUCAGUAAAUAACUAAAAAAAUGCCAAAAUUAUUCUUUCAAAAUUAAUGGAUGACAUUAAACAAUAAAAAAAUCCAUAAAAUUCUAAUACCAUUUUCUAAGAAAUUUACAAAUUAAUAGAAGACUUUAUACUCAAGAUUUAAGGUAGAAAAUCAAAACCUGUUUUCAGUUUCUAGUAAUAGAAUAAUAAUUAAUUUAGCUAAGAAAAAAAUGAAUAAAAUUAGAAUCCAAACAUCUAAGAUAAUUCUAAAAAGUUUAAUUUUUAGAAAAAUGGUAAUUUUUUCCCUAAUUAAAAUUAAAACUGCAAUUAAUAAUAAAAUGGGCAGUCUUAAACUUAUUUCUAAGAUAGGAAUAUGAAUUUUAAUAAUUAGUUUAAAUAAAACAUGAAUGGAAAUAUGUUUAGAGAUAAUGAAUAAAACCACUGCUAAAAUGAAAAGAAUUCAUAAAAUGUCAAAGAAAUUAUGAAUUUAAUAUCUAACAGAACAAAUGGUUGCUAAGCUUAAUUCUUGCAAAAUUUAGAAAGCAUGCUAAUUAACACAAAAGAAAUUUUUUAAAAUCUUAGCUUUGAAAAUGCCUUCAUGGAUAAAUAAUACCCUUUAUAAUUAGAACAAUUAGAUGAAAUUCAAUUUUCUAAAUUAAUUGAAUAUUCUAAAUUCCCUAACUAAUUCUAAUUUACUAAAAUAGAUGAUAAUGACAAAAACAAAGAAAAAAAGGAUGCAAAUUCAAAUUAAGAUUUGAUUAACUUUGAAAGUACCAAUUAUCAAAAAUCAUAACAUUUUAAAUUAAAAUUAGAACAUAAUUCAAUUCUUAUUGAUAAUACUAACAAAUGCUACCAAGGAUAAAUAGUAACAAGCACUUCAUUAAAUAUUUAAAAGAUUUACUAAUUUAGAAUGUCUUUUAACAAAUCUUUUGUAAAUAACAUGCUAUAUUUUGGACUGAUAUCUUCAAAUGAUAAAGACACUAAAUCUCUUAAAGAUAUAGAGCAAGGAUUUACAUUUUCUAAUCUUAGCAAUAAGAAACCAAGUCUCAUAUUUGGACCAGGAUUUUAAGAAGAAAACAUAAAAAUAGAAGUAAGAGUAAAUCUAAAAAAUGGUACUAUGCAUAUCUUCUAAUAUCCUGAAUACUCAAGCAUAUAUGUUUAGAGUUUAGAAAAUAUUAGGGAACAAUAAAAUAUUCACUUUGGUAUUUAAUAUUAAACUGAGUAAUAAUUUAAAAUAAAGCUAUUUGACAAUUAAAUACUCGAAAUAUGA